AUAACAGAAAUCUGUUUGUUCUCUCUACUCUUCAUUUUCUUCAUGCUUGCUUUCAUGGUAUCAAGAGCUCAGGUUGAUCGGUGACCUCAUGCACAAAGCUCAGUCAUCCUCUCUAGCAGCUCAGUUCUUCAUUGUUGAAGCUUUUCCAGUGUUGAUUUCUACUUCAUCUCUGCAAAUCAUACAAGAUAAGUAAAGCUGUUCAUCAAAUUUUUCAGAUCUAGCAGUACAAAUUCGUUGAGAUUUGUUGUUAAUAUCAUCGUCGAAGACUUGGAUUUACAUAUAGAGCAAUUGUAGAGGAAAAAGUUGUGAUUCAUACUCAGAAACCCUAGUUUUUUUUUUUGAUCAUUUGGUCAGUAGCCAUCCAUUCUUCGUACGUUGGGUUAACUAUGUCAGUUAAAUAACCAACUUCAUUACGGAGAAAGACAUCAGGACAAGGUUAGUGCCAUUAACAAAACCCAUGAGGUUGCGGCUCUCGAGUAACGGAGUGAUUUGAACUACCCAUAAUGAGUAGUUGGUCCGAUCGAGCUUGAUGGUGAGGAAAUUGAAGGUGGUGGUGGUAGUGGUGGUAUUUGGAGCGGCCUUUUGAUAUGAAAAAAAAAAAGAUGAAGAGGAUGUCGCUAGACAGAGGCUCUGAUACCAUAAAAAAUAUUAGGAGAAAAUGUUUCAUGAUUUCUCAUUGACGUGUUUCAACUUAUAUACAGGACUGAGGAUCAAUUUAGAUCCUAAAGAUCUGCUAUUACAAUCAGUAUAGGACUGAUGAUCAGUUUAGAUCCUAUAGGUCAGCAAUUACAAUUAAUACAAUUAAGAUCCUAAGAUCAAGCAAUUGUCAACUAAGGAACAUAGAUACUAAUAGCUAAUCAGAGAAAUUAAGAUGGUAAUCAACGUGAGGUAAAUGUCCAUUCAUUUCUGUGCAUGAAUGGAUUGCGUAUCAUUGCAUUCAUACUUUGACCAUCUUCCUGGACCACGGUAAUUGACAUAAUCUUAUUAUGUACCGCAUCAGUGAGAUACUUUGCACUCUGCUUAUACUCUUAUAGUCCAUCCUUGUGGUGUGAUUGAACUUUUGAAAUGUGCCUCUCGGUGAUUUAUACCAAGUAACAAUCAUCUCCUCAGUUCUAGUAGUAAAGGAUUAGAAUUGAAAAGCAAUGAAGACGUUGAAGUGCUCUUGUGAUCUGAAAUAGAACUAAUACCACCAGAAACCAAUAUAGCAGUAAAUCUACGAAGAGACCCUUACAGGGACAAUGAGAGGGAUCAAAAUUGGAAUGAGAUAGAGGACAGGUUUUUUCUGUAUCAUCUUAAUGUAAUAGCUGGACUUGAAUUGGAUUGAUAAACCUUUUUCUUCUUUCAGUUUCUUCUGUACAAGAAAAUGGAUACUAACAUGAGACUUUGAUCUCUGUCAUCAGUGUCAUGUAUAUUUGCAUAGUUAGAAUCCAUUAGUCUUUUGAUUUUAGUAUUAGUAAUAACUAAUAAGGAUUAGAAUUAAGAAAGAAAUGAAAGGCAGCUCCACCAUAAUUUGGAAAAGCUAUAUAAGCACUAAAACUACAUACAGAGACUUUAGAUCAAAAUUGAUGGUUAGUCGACCAUGUGGACAAAAUUAUCAAACAGCUGUAUGAAAAUCCCUCUUUUUGCCUGGUGUGUGCUUACAUCAAAGCAAUAAUUCCUACUUCUACACUUCUACCAUUAAGAAGUAGAACAGGUCAAAAAUGUUGGAAAAUGCUUUAAUUAUAAAAUUAAGACAGAAGCCUUGCAUUAACUGACUUCGCAUCCUAAUCAGCUGCCACGUCACUAUUGAAAAUGUCAGCAGCAUGACCAAUUCACAUGCUUGCUGGCCAUAGGAGGCCAGAAGAAACCCAGAAGAAAUAGACAGAGAGAACUAGUAGUGCAUGUAUAUGCAAUUUGACACAUAGCUACUUUGCAUGCAACACAAAGCAUAUGGAAGUCCCAGAAGCUUUAACCAAAUUCCAAUGAUAAAGAAGUAAGCAGCUAGCUACUUCAAUUAAUUACAGUAAAUUGGUUUGAGUUACCGUGUUAAAUUAGUAGAAAUUUUUGACAGUUUUAACUUAUAAGGGCAUCAGACCUUUUGUUGAUCUCUUCUGGUGUAGAUUGGGACUCGGUGAUUGUUUAGCAAUAUCCAUGAAAAAAUGGCCAAAAGUACAAGAGGUUGGGGCAACUUACAUGUUGACACACUGUGGGUUACUUGGCAUUUGAACAAGGAACGGGUAGUGGUAACUUUAAAUGCUGAUAACCGACAGAAGUAUAUAUAUAAACCAAAACUGGUAGAUCCUUGCUUACUGCAUACUUGCAUAGUAAUCAUCACUAAUUUCACUUUAGCUCUUUGUUUCUAUGCGGUUUAGCAGAAUAACAAGCCGAACUAAUUAAGCAUAUAGGUGCAUGACGCGGAUAUAUGUGUAGCCAAACCGAGACUCAAAGCUCAAUUCUGGAAGAGAUGGAAUUCUUAGUACUAUUGCUUUCUUUGUUCCUGAGUUUAGUUUCAUGUGCAAGUUCUGAUCCAACCACUGAAACUCUCAGGCUGUGCAUGACAACUCAACUCGGUGACUACACCGAAACGUCUCAAAUCAUCCACACCUCAAACUCAUCUUCGUAUUCAUCUAUCUUGAAAUCCUCACAACAAAAUCCUAGAUGGCUAAACUCCACAUCAAAGCCUCUCCUCAUUCUCACACCUUUCAACGAGUCCGAAAUCCGAGCAGCUGUGCUUUGCAGCAGAAAACGUGGCCUACAAAUCAGGGUCAGAAGUGGAGGCCAUGACUAUGAAGGGCUCUCAUAUCUCUGCAAGACGCCAUUCAUCAUCAUUGACAUGAUCAACUUCAAGUCCAUUGAUGUCAACCUCGCUGAUGAAACAGCUUGGGUUCAGUCAGGAGCUACGCUAGGUGAGCUUUACUAUAGCAUUGGGAAGAAAAGUGACGUCCAUGGAUUCCCAGCUGGGAUUUGUCCAACUGUUGGAGUUGGUGGUCAUUUUAGUGGUGGUGGAUUUGGGACCUUGAUUAGGAAACAUGGCCUAGCAGCUGACCAUGUCAUAGAUGCCAUUUUAAUUGAUGCUAAUGGGAAAAUCAUGAACAGAAAAACAAUGGGGGAGGAUCUGUUUUGGGCCAUUAGAGGAGGUGGAGGAGCAAGUUUUGGGAUCAUAGUUUCAUGGAAGAUCAAAUUGGUUCAGGUCCCAAAAGUUGUGACUGGUUUUACAGUUAACAAGUUAAUAUCACAAGGUGGAAGUAGCCUUGUGAAUAGGUGGCAGUACAUUGCAGACAAGUUCCAUGAGGAUCUUUUCAUGAGAGUCAUCCUUCAGAAUGUUGGGAGUGGAAGUCAGAAACAAGUCCAAGCCGCUUUCAAUUCUUUGUUUCUAGGAGGGAUUGAGACACUAAUGCCAUUGAUGAAACAGAGCUUUCCAGAGUUGGGUUUGGCGGCAAAAGACUGCAUUGAAAUGAGUUGGGUCCAAUCUGCUCAGUACUUUGCUGGGUACAAAAAAGAGCAGCCUUUGGAGGUCUUGUUGUCUAGGGAGGCACUCUAUAAGAGCAAUUUCAAGGCCAAAUCCGACUUUGUAAUAAACCCUAUUCCAGAAAUCGGGCUACGAGGGAUUUGGGAAAGGUUCAUGCUAGAAGAACUAGCUUUCAUGAUACUGGAUCCCUAUGGUGGAAAGAUGGCUGAGAUUUCGGAAUUCGAAAUUCCAUUUCCUCAUAGGAAGGGGAAUCUGUACAACAUACAGUACAUUGUGAAGUGGGAUGUGAAUGAGGUCAGUGAAGCCAACAAGCAUAUGAAUUGGAUGAAUAUGCUUUAUGGGUUUAUGAAGCCCUAUGUUUCAAAUUCUCCAAGGGGUGCCUACAUCAAUUACAAGGAUCUUCAGUUGGGGACCAACAACAAAGGCACUAACACAAGCUACAUAGAAGCGAGUAGUUGGGGGAGAAAGUACUUCAAAAACAAUUUCAAGAGGCUUGCACAAGUGAAGAGCAAGGUUGAUCCACAUAACUUCUUCAGAAAUGAGCAGAGUAUUCCUCCUCUUCCUGGUUUGUUUGGCAUUAAAGAAGUUUAAUUAAUCAGGCCAAGAGUUCCUUCUGCGUUUGAUUAGGCCAAGAACUUCUAAUGUAGCUUUCAGCUUAUGAUGUCAUAGUGUAACAACUGUACCAUAUAUAAUUAUAUAUACUAGCUAAUCCCUAUUAAUGUCUACAUUUUGCAUGCAAUUCCAAAUCAAUUUCUGUUCGUGGGACCCUGACUGAACUAAUGCAGGAGAAACAUGACUAGACGAACUGCAAAAUGUGACUA